CUUGACCUCAAUUUUGGUUGUUUGGGCUAUCAAAUUCAGCCUUGCAGCCUGGUUGCGGAGCGCGGAGAAGGCGCGGAGAAACACCUCAGCAUCAGCGCAGCUUACGGCAACUAAUGCAUCAUAAGGUUGGAUAAGAUGGGGCUGUGCUAACUUGGACAAAAGAUUCGUCGAGGGAUUUGUUACCUGAACUUACCGGAAGCAUUAUCGCAGGUCUGUCAUUGCGCCGUACCCGCCACCUUUCCAUCAGGCUUGAGACGAAUCCCUUAUUCACGCAUAAUCUGUGAGAGGUAAUACUAAUGCUGACCCAAUAGGAUGAUAUUGAAAGUUGUAGCGAAGCCUGACCAGGGUCUCGUGCUCAGAAGUACGCAGCUGAAAGACAAACCGUUUUCGCUUCUAUUCAUAGCAAAGAGUUGUCACGGUAUAUAAGGAUGAGAAAAAAAUAUAUUACCUGUUUGAACUCCUCCAAACCAUGCCUAUUGUGCGAAUGUGAAUAUGAUAAACUUCGUUUUAUUUUCGUGUAUAAGUCUGGUCUCUUGAUUCUUCUUGAUGUUGAGUGUGCAAAAGCAAAUUUCACAGCCUUGUCGUGCGAUGAGCCGAGGACGCUCCUUCAGUAUAACCCCCAAUCAGGUUAUUGAGGGCAAAUACAUGAAUCCGAAGAAGCUCGUUAAAUUAUUAAGAAAUGAAUAUGGACAAGCUAACUUUCGAGUUGAGUUACGCCUGGAUCAAUAUAAAAUAUACGUGUUGGACCAAGAACGAGCACAUUCUCCGGGACUGACUCAGGAGCAAAUCAACGAGUGUCGGGUAUUGUAUUAGCAGAUCUUCAUGCGAACAAUAUCAAUACGUUGUACAGUAAACAUCAAACGUGGACCCGCACAAAACGCUGCACAGUCGGGAAGAUGGGGGUGGGAUGGGGGUGGUGAGGAGGUUGUACAUACGCGACGACGGUUUAGUUUGGCCUAAUAUUGAUUGA